CUGUGGCGGUGGCGGCGGAGGCGGUGGCGGUAGCGGCGGCGGCUGGGUCGGGCCCCGACGGGCGGCGGCGGCUGAGGUGGAGGCGGAGGGAGGCGGCGGCGGCGGCCGCGGAGGGGGGAAGAUGGCGGCGCCCGUCCUGCUGAGAGUGUCGGUGCCGCGGUGGGAGCGGGUGGCCCGGUAUGCAGUGUGCGCCGCCGGGAUCCUGCUCUCCAUAUACGCCUACCACGUGGAGCGUGAGAAGGAGCGGGACCCCGAGCACCGGGCCCUCUGCGACUUGGGGCCCUGGGUGAAGUGCUCCGCCGCCCUUGCCUCCAGAUGGGGUCGAGGAUUUGGUCUUUUGGGUUCCAUUUUUGGAAAGGAUGGUGUAUUAAACCAGCCAAACAGUGUCUUUGGACUUAUAUUUUAUAUACUACAGUUAUUACUUGGCAUGACAGCAAGCGCAGUUGCAGCUUUAAUCCUCAUGACCUCCUCCAUCGUGUCUGUAGUAAGCUCUCUGUACCUGGCCUACAUUCUGUACUUUGUGCUGAAGGAGUUCUGCAUCAUCUGCGUGGUCACGUACGUGCUGAACUUCAUUCUUCUGAUCAUCAACUACAAACGACUCGUUUACUUGAAUGAGGCCUGGAAGCGACAACUGCCGCCCAAGCAGGACUGACAGCCUGACAGACUCUUAAAUGACAGUCUGAAGUCCCUUUCUCCAUUAAGUUUAUUUUGCAGCAGUUUUUUUUUUUUUUAAUUCUUCAGAACAGACACUUUCCCUAAACUGAUUUCCUUAAACUGACUUUUAAAAAUCCUGUAAAUUAGAAGGGGCCCUAGCUGUUUUUUGUGUCACUCUUCAUUUUAAAUAGGGAUACAAGGCAAAAAGGACACACCAAGCCGGUCAAAGACAAGCUUUAACUUUACUUUGAAGAUGUUUCUGAAUAAUAAAACGUAAUCCUAACUCCUUGCCCUCAAUUGUAACGUGAGCAACCAUUGCUAGCAAUUCUCUAAUGUGUAUAAAUUCAAUUUCAGGUAUAACAAAUGUGAUCAUGACAGAAUAUUUUAGAAUAGAUACUGUAUUAAAUAUUGCCAUGUUUACAGUAUGUAAUGUUUUUAGCCGAUGGAUUUAAACAUAUAGAUUCAACUAGAAUCCAUUUAUGUGAUAUUUGUAAAUAAAGAUAGAAAUAUUGGAUCCAUCCCUGAAGAACUUACUGUACAGUUUAGUUGAAGUGUAGCAAUGAAGAAUUGUUAGCUCAAUGUUGACUGAAGAAAUAAUGAAAAUAGUAAGUCCAUACAGAGCAUCUUGUGGAAAGUACUGACAGCUGUGGGUCCAGUACUGAAAGCAAAAAAUAGUAGGGUGGUUGGUUCCCUUUCAUUUCCUUCCUCUGAAAGGAAGAAACUAAAUUUGGACAUUCAAGUCAAGCUUGUGUCUAGUCAUAAAACUGGACCAAUUAUGACCUUAUGGAAUGUCAUGUGACCAGACCUUCAGGUGCAAGGACUUCAAUACAUUAAAGAUGGGAAAAUGGGUAGAUUUGUUUGGAGAAAAGCUGGAGAUAUUAAUAUGGCACUUUUGGGUAAAGUCUCUUAUAACGGUUGUAUUUUCAUGCAGAUAUUUUUCCUUAACAUUGGUGUUAGUCAACCAAACAGUAUUAGGACUUUGAAAUAACCAGUAUAAGCUCAGUCACUCCAGAGCAGGAUCGCUUUUGGGUAGUUCCAUAGUGUUUUCCCUGUUUCAUUCUGCACUAACUAAUCGGAUGUCUAGUUUAAUUGUUCUAAAGUCAGAUAUUGGGUUUGUAAACUUUAGGGCUGACAUGCAGCUCAGUUUGCUUUAUUGGGAAGAACACUACAGGUAGAAAUAUCUGAAGGUGAAAUACAGUACUGGUGUCACUAUUCUAAAUAACCACACAAAUGCAGAAAUUUUCAACGCAAAUAAACACAAAUGAUAUUGUGACAGUAUGUUUCUAUGGUUAACAUCUUAUAUCAGAAUGUUAAAAGUGCCUUCUGUCUUAAAUCUCAAACCAAAUAUUUUGUGCUGUUGAACUUGGGCUGAAGUGUCCUUGCUUCCUUUCUUACAUAAAGUAGAAAAUGUGCAUUCUAUAGAAAGGUUCUGUAUGAUUUUACUCCUUAGAUUGAGAAGCAGUAGCUGUUUUUUGCUUCCAAUUAGAUUAAUCAUUAUGUUAAGAAUAGACCGGUAACUUUUGAGUGCUUUAUUUGCCUUCUCUUUGAAGGGAUGGGAUAGACUCUGCUCUGUAAACCAUAAUGUGUAGAGUCAGCAACUCUUCAGUUUCCGACUGUCAGAAUUGACACAACAUACUCUUCUGGCCCAAGGUGGAUAUAAAUCUGGAUUGUGAUGAACUUCUAACCAGUUCUAACCAGUUUUAUAAAUGAUAUGCUUAAUUCUGCUUUCAUCAAGGCUUUUGUUUUCUCAUAAAUGUGAAUAUUUCAAUGCCUGUUUUAUUAUGUAUGUAUUGUUCUUGUUUCUAUAGUUGAAGAACUCUAGAAGCAUUGAUUGGAUGUCUGGUGUUUAUGGAGAAACAAGUCCUCAUGUUCUGCACAGUGAGGUCAUCUUGUCGCAGUGCUUCCAGUUCUACCAAGCAGUUUUCUGGGUUUUUUCCUAAGCGACAGUGGAAAUGGCUUAAUAGUUAAGAUGUUUGUGGUAUAUAUAACACUGGUUCUGCCAAAUAAGUUUUUCAUGUCCCAGUUUAAAAUGGUUUUUCAUCAUAUUUUGUAUCAAUCAGCAAAGGACAAAGCUUGUCUUGAUGUUAGUUCUUGCAAAUGUCUUCAAUCUCUUACAUAAGAAAACAUAAAAAUGUUCAGUCAGAGCUUUCAAGUUUUUCCUUUGCUUUCCUAAGCCUUGGGGGAAACACCAUCUCAGUUGUACAAAAAUGUUUGCCACAUUCCUGUGAACCAGUAUAAUUCCUAUUCUUUCUCUCAUUGAGUGAUGAGUGGGUGCUGCCUGAAAUAACCGCAUGGUAAUGCCAGUGUCUCAGGAAGCAACCCAACCCCGGUGGCUGUUACUUGGUGUUUUUGCCCUGGAAGAAUUUAGGCUCCCCUCUACAUCCUCUGUUCAACCCCAGAAGGGGAAAACACAAUGUUAUAAAAUCUGAGGAUGAUUAUGACUAUUUUAGACUAUUUAAACAUUGCAACACUACUAGCCACCAAUGUUGAAUAAUUAGGAAAAAGUUGAGUUCCUGGGUUUUGGUAGUAAUUCCUUGCUUCUUGGCUUUUGAAAUGAUUUGUAAAAAAUGAGGCCACUUAUUUACUGGAUAGUCAUAAUUUGAAUAAGGGAAGUUGUGGUUAGAUGAUAAAUUCCGUGGAGUCUAGGUGGAUUUGGAGGAUUUCACUUGUUUUUUUCUACAGCUAGUUGUUGUCAAGUGAGGGUGAACUGGUGAAACAACUCAGGUUUAACCAGCUGCGUGGCAGGAAUUACUUUUACUUGAUGUAUGUAGCCUCUCCUUAAAUCCAUUACUUUUAAAGAUAUUGAGAGCAGUGACUCUUGUCACUGGAUACCAGAGAUCUUCAGACCGACUAGGUAGGAUACAGGACCAAGACUACAGUGAAAUUAAAACUGUUUUGUUGGCUUUAGUUUGCUUAUAUUUAUUUUUAAGACUAUCCACAAAAAUGCAAAGUUACCUUCAGUAAUUACUUUGUAACUUCAGUUGGUAACCCACUGCCUGACACCAGUGAAUGCUAACAGGUCUUGUCUUGAAAAUUGGUAUUAAACAAAUGCCAACAAGAAACCCACUAUCAUUUUUGGUAGCCUAUUUGGGAAAGAAUACCUAAUGUGCAACCUUUGUGCUCCUUUCCCCCCAACACGCAAGCAAUGGUGAACCAUUCCUAUUGAGACAUUUUAGGCAGCACUUACGAUAUUUGUGAGAACUACCCUUCAUUAAAACAACAGGGGUGGGGUGGGAGUCCAGGCUACUUGAAUACUUUUGUGACAGAUUAGCCCAGAAAAGGUGAAAUGUUGUUAUAAACUAUAUUAAGCAUGGCCUAAGGGUUAGGUAUAUGGUCUGUAUAGUAUGUUCCAUCAAAAAUAUUUAUUACUAGUGCUUUAAGCUCCAGAGUAAACAUUCAUUUAAAAUGGUGUCCACUAGGCAGAUCUCCCCAUUAAUAUAGGAAGAAAUACUCCUUAUCAGAGAUUUAGGACAGUUUUGCUAACUGGUAAAAAAAAAAAAAUGUAAAUAUGUAAGAAUGUUUAUUUGUUGCACAUAACUUUUUUGGUAUAAAAUAAAUGUAGAAGUUACCUGUG